UGAUUCACUUCCCUCCCCCCUCCCCCCUCCCCCCCAUUCCAAAGAAUUCUUUUUUUUCUUUUUUGUGGUGCUGGGGAUUGAACCUAGGGCCUUGUGCAUGAGAGGCAAACACUCUACCAACUGAGCUAUAGCCCCAGCCCAAGAAUUGUCAUUUUCCAGUCAGCAAACAUUCAAAUAAAAAGGGGUAUACAGAUCUUUGUCCUCAGGUAGCUUAUAACAAUAGGAGAGUUAAGGUAUUUAUUUCUAUUUGGGUUUUAGUAAUCUACUUAAAAAGUAAAAUACUGUACCUGGAACAUGAGUGUACAGAGUUGAGGAUACAAAGUUGAAUAGAAUGUGUCACCACUGGUCCCUGUCUCCAGCAGAAGUUUAAAAAUACAAAGUGAUUUGAAUAAGAGAAACAUGAACUAGAAACUAGUUAGGCUCUUAGUUUCCCAUAGGAAUGCAGGGCUAAUAUAUGGUUUCCACAUCCCACCCCACCCCCCAAAAGCUGGGUACCUGAAAUAGGGACUGCUUUAAAUUCUAGUUCCACCUCGCUGUUGACAGGAGUGAGAUGUACUCAGCUAUGUUCAUAAAUAGCUAUAGUUCAAAGCCUCAACUACAGAGGGAAGACCAUUCUCAAGAAGGGCACAGAAAACUGGCGUCUCUUCUUUCCUCCUGGUUUCUGUACUAAAUUGAAGUCUAUCAGCAAUUUUGCAUUAGAAAAAGAAGUCCAGAGAUUAGGGUAGGCGCAGAGUUAGCUAAGAGCUUUAGAACUUCCCUUUUCCUGGUACCCAGUCUUUCAGGGGCAGGGAGGUGAACCACAAACCCCGCAGCUGCCCGACUGAGAACCGGAUGGGUGCUCUCGUCCUCAAACACAGGGCACAGCCAGGCCUGGCUGUGAGGUAGUGGGAGGAGGAGGAGGGAGAUGCUCUUGCGGCUGACCUUCAAAGGCUGUAGACCGGAGGGAUCGUGUUACAUGCCCUUGAACUCCCGCCCCUCCCCCGUCAGCUUCCCUGAAUGGAGUCAGGAAUUCCAUUCACAAAAUGGAGGCUUGAAUGAAGCCGCCCUCCCGCCUCCUCCCGGAGGUGUCGGGUUUCAGCCUCUCAUUCAUAGGUGGGAGUGGAGGGGGAGGGCGGGAAGGGGUUGGAACUGGAAAGGGUGGCUUUACACAGCGGGUUCCCGAGGUGGAGUGGGGGGGUUUCAAUGCUAAGGAAGGGAAUUGAGUGCAAAGAGCUGUUAACCUGAAAUAGCAGCCCAGUGCCCACCGCUGCUUCCCCAGAUGCACGCACGCACAGGCACAGGGCUGAGAACCUGACCUGUUGACCGGACGUUUGCCGGUUCCGAGGGAAUCUUAGGCGUGGACACUGAACCCUUUCUCCCCCGGAGGUUCAUCUCUCACUCCCCUCCUCCCCCUGAACUCACAGGAAACAGCUGCUCCCUGGAAUCUUGGGCCUUGUGGAACAGCUUGCCCAGCCCCAGCUGCUGCCAUCUAUGCCCUCUGCCCCAGCCCUCAAGCUGAGGGGCUCAAGCCUCGUGCUCCCUCUGGGUGAACUUCCCCUGGGAUUUGGUGGUGGGCAGGCAACUGGGAAAGGAACAGUCACCGGAAAGCAGGCUGGCAGGAAGAACUUGAAAAUGUCCCUGGGUGUGCAUCAAUGUACCUCCACACAGAGGGCUUCUCCGGGGCCUCCCCAGGUGAUGGGGCCAUGGGUAAGGCAGCCCCCUCCUUCCCCUGUCAAGCCCUCAAGUUGGGGGAGGGGGCUUUGUUGGGGGGAAGCUCUCCUUAGCCAGGAGUCCCUGUGGAUUAUCAGUAAACUCUUAGAUCUCAGCAACUCCCAACUUCCUCCACAAGGCUAUGGCUAUGAGAAACUUCUGCGACCAUUCCCAGAUGAUGUCUGCGUUGUCCCUGAGAAAUAUGAAGGAGACAUCAAGCAGGAAGGAGUUGGGGCAUUCCGAGAGGGGCCACCCUACCAGCGCCGGGGUGCCUUGCAGCUAUGGCAGUUUCUGGUGGCCCUACUGGAUGACCCAACGAAUGCCCAUUUCAUUGCCUGGACAGGCCGGGGGAUGGAGUUCAAACUAAUUGAACCUGAGGAGGUCGCCAGGCUCUGGGGCAUCCAGAAGAACCGGCCAGCCAUGAAUUACGACAAGCUGAGCCGCUCACUGCGAUACUAUUAUGAGAAAGGCAUCAUGCAGAAGGUGGCUGGUGAGCGAUAUGUAUACAAAUUUGUGUGUGAGCCUGAGGCCCUAUUCUCUCUGGCCUUCCCGGACAAUCAGCGUCCAGCUCUGAAAGCUGAAUUUGACCGGCCAAUCAGUGAAGAGGACACAGUCCCUUUGUCCCACUUGGAUGAGAGCCCUGCCUACCUCCCAGAGCUGGCUGGCCCUGCCCAGCCCUUUGGCCCCAAGGGUGGCUACUCUUACUAGCCACCAACAACUUCUCCCUCCAUUAGGGGUGGGUGCUGCCCUGUGUACAUAUCAAUGAAUUUGGUGAAGGCCUCAUUCUGAAACCCACAGACGUCUCUGGGGCAGAUCCCUGCUAUCCCAUCAGCUGCCCUGGCCCAUAGAGUUGCUCACCAGAGUCUUUGGGAAGCGAAAGUAGAAAAAGGGCAAAUCUAAAGGUGGAAUCUCAGAAGCUCCCCGCUGGGAGGGGGUCACGACCAUCCUCAGGAGUUCAGGUCAGCCUCUUCCUAAGUCCUACUUGGAGGCCUAAACCCUGUUUCCCUUCCCUACCAAGUGAUUGUUCUGUUUCAGGGGACAGAGAAGGAACUUCCCAACUUUAUCCUGGCAGGCUAGCCAGGAAGUUCACUUGAGCUCCCCAGUUCUUACAUUAUGGGGAGACAGAAGCCUAGACUCUACACCGCCCUAAGCUGUGGCCCUGGAGAACUUGGGAUGCCCGUUCUUGGUGCUCUCCUCCCGUAGGCAGGAACCUGGGAUGGGGAUACUGGACAGAGGUGGGGGGGAUGGGUUCCUAGGGGCUCUUUGCCUCUCCUCUGCCUUUUCCUAGGCCCACCCAGGCUUGGGAUUCCACCUCCACCUCAUCUGCCAGACCUUAAUAAAGGCCCCUACUGUUA